UGAAUGAGGCUCAGGCUCAAAUGUGGAUCCGUGUCUGACAAAAUCUGUCCAUUAAUUAUUGAGGACGGUUCCCGGCGGACGGUUCUCCGUUUGGUUCACUGAGCAUGGACAUUCAUGGUAUAAAGAAAGGCAUGGUUUCUUGGCAACAACAGGUGCCCGUGACACAUCGAGCGGACUGCUCUCAUCCCGUGUUCAUGAUGGGUGUGCGGGAAGUCCGUCCUUAUUCACACCGAUAGGUGGCGGCAACGCCUCACUUACCAGUUCCGCCCGUGCAACGGUGACUGUCAGAUUUGGAACAGACCUCCUGUCUUCGCCGUUACUGUUCAGUGAGCGGCCCGAGAGAGAGCUUGACCUGUGAACAGCAGCAGAGGGGAAUCUGUGCCGGGCGUACAGACACUAAAGCAGACAGAGGCAAUGGCUGGUGUUCCUUGCCGACUUACCCAUUCUGAGGUAUUUGGCCAGCUGAGGAGGGAGCUGUCCCAUUCAUCUGACUCACACGUCUUCAUCAUCUUAGGAGCCUCAGGAGAUCUUGCCAAGAAGAAGGUUUAUCCCACUCUAUGGUGGCUGUUCAGAGAUGGGCUUCUCCCAGAGGACACCCACUUUGUGGGCUUUGCCCGCUCCCCACUGACUGUGGAGGACAUCAAGACUGCCUGUCGGCCUUAUAUGAAGCUUGGUGAUGGUGAGGGUGAGCGCCUGGCUGAGUUCUUCCAAAGGAACUCUUACGUGAGUGGUCGAUAUGAUGAGCAGGACUCCUUCUCCAAGCUCAACGCCCACCUGAGCUCCCUGACUGACAGCAGAGGGGCGGGUGGCGCCAACCGUCUCUUCUACCUGGCCCUGCCACCCAGCGUCUACCACGACGUCAGCAAGAACAUCAGAGCCUACUGCAUGUGCCCCAAUGGUUGGAACAGGGUAAUAGUGGAGAAGCCAUUUGGUCGUGACCAGCAGAGUUCUCAGGACCUGUCGUCCCACCUCUCAUCCCUGUUCACCGAAGACCAGAUCUACCGGAUCGACCACUAUCUAGGCAAAGAGAUGGUGCAGAACCUCAUGGUCCUCAGGUUUGGAAACCGUAUCUUUGGUCCGAUCUGGAACAGGAACAGCGUCGCCAAUGUGAUUCUAACCUUUAAAGAACCCUUCGGCACGCAGGGACGCGGGGGAUACUUCGACAACUAUGGCAUCAUCCGUGAUGUCAUGCAGAACCACUUGCUCCAGAUGCUCUCUCUGGUUGCCAUGGAAAAGCCUGCCUCCACCAGCCCUGACGACGUGAGAGACGAGAAGGUGAAGGUGUUAAAGUGCAUCGCCCCAGUGUCUCCGUCUGACGUGGUGCUGGGUCAGUAUACCGGGGACCCCGAAGGGGAAGCCCAUGCCACGCUAGGUUACCAAGACGACCCCACCGUGCCCAAAGGCUCCCGCACGCCCACCUUCGCCAUCGCUGUGCUCUACGUACGAAACGAAAGAUGGGACGGUGUUCCGUUCAUCCUGCGCUGCGGUAAAGCUCUUAACGAGCGCAAGGCGGAGGUGCGUCUGCAGUUCACCGACGUCCCAGGGGACAUAUUUGAUGAGCAGUGCCGGAGGAACGAGCUGGUGGUCAGGGUCCAGCCCGACGAAGCCAUCUACCUCAAGAUGAUGACCAAGAAGCCGGGAGCCUAUUUCAGCCCGGAGGAAACUGAGCUGGACCUCACCUACCAGAGUAGAUACAAGAAUGUGAAGCUCCCUUGUGCCUAUGAGAGGCUGAUUCUGGACGUGUUCUGUGGGAAUCAGAUGUACUUUGUCCGCAGUGAUGAACUGAGGGAAGCCUGGCGGAUCUUCACACCUGUCCUCCACCACAUCGAGACAGAGAAGAUAGACCCUGUCCCCUACGCCCACGGAAGUCGGGGGCCAAAUGAAGCAGAUGAGCUUAUGAGGAGUGUGGGAUUUCGCUACGAGGGAACAUACAAGUGGGUCAAUCCCCACACUGCCCAGCGCACACAAAUGCAUACUGUGUAAAAGCUGAAGGCUACUCUGGCACCUCCACUCAUUUUAAUUGCAGUGCAUGUAAAGAACAUGUUUGUCAUAAUCCCUUCUGAUUGCCUCACCUUUCACACUUGGGUUGAACUUAAUUCAGUCAAACCCACAUAGCCUGUUGUCCACUGGUCAUAUAAACUCAGAGACUGGUCUUGGACUGGUAUAAACACUUCAAACUACUACCAGGGCAAUGCUUUUUUCACUUUAGAGUUUGGAGUGUGAGCUGAAUGUGUAUUGUAAUUUGUAUUGAAAACAGUGUUCAUGUUGACAUGGUGGGUUUGGCUGAAUCCGAGCAUUUAUAUGAAACUGUGCAGUGGGGUCCUCCAGAUGUGUCCUCUGUCAUUAUCACCAGUAUUUGGCACAAUAACGAACACAAUGCAGUCAAAGAAGAGUUGGACCACAACCGACCCCCAUAUCCCCGCCCCCCACGCAACCCCAGGGACGGUAGUGGUUUGUUGCAGUAUGUAUGGGUGACCAAAACAAUUGUGACUAAAAUAAACCACCCCAGGGACAGUAGUGAUUUGUUGCAGUAUGUAUGGAUGACCAAAACAAUUGUGACUAAAAUAAACCACCCCAGGGACAGUAGUGAUUUGUUGCAGUAUGUAUGGAUGACCAAAACAAUUGUGACAAAAAUAAACCCAUAUCAUUUAUUUCA